AUGCCCAACCCGAACGAUCCCAACGAUCCUCUCCGCUGGUCGCGCUCCAAGAAGCACGUCUGCUUCGGAGCCGUGUGCGCCUUCACCUUCCUCACGAACUUCGCCAUCGGCGGCCUGGCUCCCGCCUUUUACAUCCUCAGCCUCGAGUUCCACAAGACGCAGACGGAGACCAGCGCGCUGCUCAUCUGGCCCAUCCUGGUGCUCGGCCUGUUUAAUUUCUUCUGGGUGCCCAUGGCGAACUACUUCGGCAAGCGGCCUGUCUUCGUCUUUGCGUCGCUGCUGCUGAGCGCGGCCUACUUGUGGGGUGCGCUGGCGCAAUCCUUCGAGUCUCUGCUUUGGAGCAACAUCGUCGCCGCAUUUGCGGGAUCGAGUACGGAAGCGGUUGGUGCAGCUAUGGUGAAUGAUCUAUACUUCCUCCACCAGCGAGGGAAUCUCAUGUCUUUUUACGUGAACUCCAUCAGUGGCGGCAACACCAUUGGUCCGUUGAUCUGCGGCUUUGUUAUUACCGGCACGUCGUGGCGUUGGCAGAAGUGGAUCGCAUUCAUCCUCACCUUCAUCAACUUCCUCGUCGUCGUCUUCUUCGUCCCCGAAACACGCUACGACCGCUCCGGCCUGCUCCGAGUGUCCACCCCGGCAUCAGCUCCGAGUCUGGACGAUGAAAAUGCACCUCCCAACCUCGAAAAGACGCCCACCACCAAAUCAGAAGCGGCCGAAGUGUCUCUCGAACGUGACAGUGUCCCGCAAGUCCCAGUAAAGACCUGGCGACAAGAACUCAGCCUCCGCUCCGGCCGACCCAAAAACACCAACCUCCUCAAACUCUUCAUCCGCCCGCUGCCUCUCAUCGUCUACCCUGCCGUCAUCCUGUCCUUCCUCGGCUACGCCGUCUCGCUCGCCUGGGUGGUGGCGAUCAACAUCCUCAAUCCCUUCGUGCUCCAAGCCCCGCCUUACAAUUGGCGGCCCGAUGUCAACGGCCUGAUCAACAUCCCCGCCCUGAUUGGAAAUCUGGUAGGUUCCUGGUUGGGCGGCUGGGUCGUGGACAGGUACUCCGACUGGAGGAGCAAGAAGAAUGGCGGCAUUUUCCAGCCGGAGACGAGGUUGCAUCUCUUGUUCAUCCCCGCGCUGAUUGUGCCUGCGGGAUGCCUGGCGUUUGGCUACGGCGUGGCGGAGACGCUGAAUUGGACUGCACUCUUCUUCGGUACGGGCAUGGUCUCCGUCGGCCUAACCUUCGUCCCUAUUGCCACUAUGACCUACGUUAGCGACUGCUACCUCCCAGUGAACGCGGACGCGCUCGAGCUCGUCAACGGGCUGAAGAACAUUGUCGCUUUCGGCUUCUUGUACGGCGUGCUUCCGUGGGUUACGGAGGCGGGGUACAUCAAUGCGUUUGGCACCCAAGCGGGGAUCUAUGUGUUGAUCAUGUUGCUUGCCAUUCCCGUGAUUAUCUUCGGGCGGCAGAUUCGCCAUGCGACUGCGCAGUGGCGGGUGAUAUUGUAG